AUGGACAAAGCUAAGAGGACUGAAGAGAAUAAUGCCAACAAGCUAAAUGUUUGGCGUGCAAAGAUGUCUCUUAAAGUUAAAGAACUUGGAACUGAUCACAAGGACUGGUUGGAAAAAAAUUACUUACUAGUCCAAAAAAUAAAUGCAGCAAAAGAAUCAGUAAGCUGUUUAUUAACUGAAGUGAUUAAAAUGGAAAACCGAGUAGAACAGCUAGAGUCAAAUCAAUGCCAAUCCUUUGACACUGAAGAGGAGGAGGAGGAGGCAAGCGAUCAGAAGUUUUACAAGGAUAUGACUGUGAUGAAUAGAGAGAUGAAGAAAUACCAAUUGAGACAAGAAGAGGAGACAGAGGCUGAAAUGAUUAAAAUGAGGGUUAUUAAAGCUAUGAAGCCACCGUCUCCUCCAAAGCCAUGUUUAGAGACAAAUACUUCAUCUCGCUCUACUAACUGGAAACGUGUACUACGGACUUUUCUGAUUUUUUAUGUCUUCACCAUCUUUGUUUUUUCAUGUUAUGUGCUUCUUAUUGACCCUACAUUUAUCUUCGACACCAUGAUCCCUAUGAUUUUUGGACGCCAAACAAUGUGGGACCUAAAAGCACUCAUUUCUCCCUUUCUGGUUUUGAAAGUGGAUGAGUUGUUGCCUACUUAA